AUGAGGACUUUCCCGGCAUGGCAAACAUGGAGAGCUCAACGGCCUCCUCGAUAUCGAUACCGCACGUUCGCCUCCGCCGCUGAACCGUCACCGAUCAAAGUCAAGUAUCAACCCGCUCCACACUCUGGCAAUAUCCGCAUCCUCCUUCUCGACAGACCCGAAGCUCGAAAUGCCCUCUCCCGCAGACUUGUCACCGAUCUCAAGCGCCAUGUCGAGGAAGUACAGGCAGAAGGGGGUGCAGGAUCUACAAGGGCUCUGAUAAUCGCAUCACAUACGGACAAGGCCUUUUGCGCAGGAGCAGACUUGAGAGAGAGGAAAGGCAUGACACAGGAAGAAACAAGGGAAUUCUUGAGCGACGUACGAAACACCUUUACCAAUCUUUCGAACCUCCCAAUUCCUACCAUAUCGGCCAUCUCGUCUGCCGCGCUGGGUGGAGGCUUGGAAUUGGGACUUUGCACAACUUUCCGAGUCUUUGGAUCGUCCGCGAUCGUCGGCCAACCCGAGACCAAGCUCGCAAUCAUUCCAGGAGCAGGAGGAACGUACAGAUUACCAGCAUUGAUUGGCGUCAAUCGAGCACGGGACCUCAUCCUCACCGGACGUCGUGUAGGCGGCGCGGAAGCAUAUUUCCUGGGACUGUGUAACAGACUGGUAGAGGUCACUCCAGAAGAAUCCAAGGAAGAAGGGAAAGCCCGACAGAAAGUGCUCGAUGCCAGUGUACAGCUCGCCAAUGACAUUUGCGAAGGAGGACCGAUUGCCCUCACACAGGCCAUGCGAGCGGUCAAUGGAUGGCAACGGGGCGAGGCCGCCGAGAAUGAGGCGUACGAGGUCAUCUUGAAGACGGAGGAUCGAAUAGAGGCGCUCAAAGCAUUUGCAGAGAAGAGGAAGCCAGCCUUCAAAGGUAGGUGA